AUGAGGAUGAGCUGCAAUGGGUGCAGGGUGCUUCGCAAAGGGUGCAGUGAGAAAUGCUCAAUCAGGCCCAGCAUUGAGUGGAUCAAAUCCCCUGACUCUCAAGCCAACGCCACUCUUUUUCUUGCCAAAUUCUAUGGCCGCGCUGGCCUUCUCAACCUCAUCAAUGCAGGCUCCCAACACCUCCGCCCUGCUAUUUUCAAGUCACUUUUGUACGAGGCUUGUGGACGGAUUGUGAAUCCGACAUUUGGGUCGGUGGGUCUGAUGUCGUCCGGGAGCUGGGCCCAAUGCCAAGCAGCCGUUGAUGCAGUGCUUGCAGGGUUGCCCAUCGCCGGAGUUGAUGCGGAUGCACUACACCUUAUCCCCAGCCCUCCUAACAAAUCCGGCGACAUACGCCACGUGUUCAGGGACUCGAACUCGGGGGGUUCUCGUAACAAAGUUGCAACCCGGAACAGGUUCAAGAGAUCCAUGAACAGGACCAAAACCCAUCCUGGCUCGGUCACUGAGUUUGCAACCGGGUCACAUAUGGCUCAAUUUUGUAACUUUCCUGACCCGGAUGACUUGUGCCCGAGUCCAGAAGGAAAUGGGGCUGGCGGAGAUUAUGAUGGAGAGGUUGGGUUGGAACUGACUCUUGGAUUAGUUCCAAUGCGUCUUAAUUAG